AUGACGCCGCCCUCGCAUGCCCUGCCCCCCACUGCAGCUAGUCACUGCACGCGUGAGCUGCCCGUGAUCGCCAGCACACGCUCCCUCCAGCACCCCCGCACCCCCAUUCCCAUCCGUUCGCCCCUCCGCCUCCCCUCCGAGCAGGGCAUGUCCCCGAAGAAGAUCCACGAAGUCACCCGCAUGGCCACCUACAUCGUCCGCCUCCUCCGAGCCAACGCCCUUCCCCCCGAUGUCCGCAUCGUCGACGUUGGUGCAGGCCAGGGUUACCUCACUCGUGCCCUGAAAUCCCACCUUCCCAAUGCACACAUCCUCGCCCUCGAUGCGGAUGAGGAGCAGACGAGAGGUGCGCAGAAGUGGGAACAGCGCCUCCUCCCGAACGCGGCGCUGCCGAUCGCACACAAGACCGUGCUCAUCACCCCCCGGAACCUCGUUCGUGUCAUCGAUCAAUGGGUGGGGGAGGAAAACGAACCAGCCCAACUCGAUGCGCCGGUCCCCGUGCUGCUCGUCGCCCUCCACGCAUGCGGCUCGCUCACCCCCGACGUCCUCCGUGCGUACCUCGCCUCCGUACAUAACCCCGACUCCAGCCCCGCCUGGACCCCCGUCGGUGUGGUUGCGGUAGGAUGCUGUUAUAAUCUGAUGACUCCCGGAGACUUCCCCCUAUCUCGCGCCUACCGUGCAUACAAGCCUUUGCUCAGCCUCCCACCGUCGGCGUUCCACCUCGCCGCGCAAAUUCCGUCAGAAUGGCUCCUGCCUCCGUCGAAGGACGCGCCAGAUGCACCGCGAAAGCCUCUUCCGUCUGUAGAGCUAGCUGUGCGCAAAGUCACCUGGCGAGCGCUGCUCGGACGGGUGUUGAAGACCGCCAGUCCAAUCGAUUCCUCUUCCCCACACGAUACCUCAGCCAAUUCUCCCUCCAUCACAACCAAGAAAACAGCGACAGUCCCCGCCCAUUGGCCACGCAGACCAGAGAACUGGCCCUUAUUCUCCUCCAACACCUCCAACACCACCUCUCUUGAAUCUUCCUCCAACACCUCCUCCAACACCUCCUCCAACACCUCCUCCAACACCUCAACACAACCAGACCUUGAACUCCAGCCUGAUCCCACCCUAGGCACAGGCUACACACCCUCGUGCGCCUCGGCAAGCUGCCCACGUCCGCAUACGCGUCCUGGGCCGCCUUCCUGUGCGCCGCUGAGCAGAGGUUGGGUGUGCGGUUUCCGGAAGGGGUAUUUGGGAUGCCUGUUGGUCUCGACUCUGAUUCGGACUUGCGCGAAGAGGAGAGUGGAAAGGGAGACGGAAAGAAAGAGGAACAGGAAAAGGAGAAAGAAGGGGUUAAAGAGCAAGAGGACGAUGACUGGCACGACCCCGCGCUCGAGCGCCACCUCGCCGCCCUGCACGUCCUCCGCUGCCUCCUGGGCCCGCUCGUGGAGAAUGUGA